UAUCAUGCCUCGGAGUCCUACGUCCAGUGAGGAAGAAAUGGCCCAGAGUGUCUCUGACGGGUCUGGAGGUUUUGAGACAGACAGCUCCAAGGAGGAGGCUGGCCAUGGAGGACCUGGAGGGGAAAGGGCCAGCAGAAGGACCGACAGGAGAGCAGAGAAGGAUAAGGCCACCCGCAGGGAGUCACUGGUCUUCUGUGUGGUCAUCCCUGACCUGCAGCAGUCUACAUGUAUGAGGUUUAAACCCGAGGCCACCGUAUGGGUUGCUAAACAGCAGAUCCUGUGUACACUGACCCAGACGUUGAGGGACGUGCUGAACUAUGGCCUGUUUCAGCCCGCCGUGGAGGGCCGCAAGUCUGGCUUCCUGGACGAAGAGCGCCCCCUCAAAGACUACCCUACUCCCGCCAGCAUCAAGGGGGUUCCAACUCUGGAGUUCCGUUACAAGAGCAGGGUCUACCAGCAGCCCAAUGUAAACGAAAAGCAGAUUGCCAAAAUCCACACGCAGGCAAACUAUAGGAAAUUCAUGGACCACAUUCAGCAUCUCCAGCUGGAUAAAGUGGUAAAGAUGCUGGAGAAAGGCCUCGACCCCAACUAUCAAGACCCUGAUACUGGUGAAACUCCACUGACCUUCGCAGCCCACCUUUACAAUGUGGAGCAGGUCAUCGUUGUAUUGAAACAAGGUGGAGCACAUCUGGACUUCAGAUCACAAGAUGGGAUGACCGCUCUCCACCAUGCGGUCAGGGCCAAGAAUCAGGCCACGCUGAAGGCUCUACUGGACCUGGGCGCAUCUCCAGACUACAAGGACAGCCAGAGUCUCACCCCCCUCUACCAUACAGUCUUGGUGGAGGGAGACCCAAGCUGCUGUGAGCUGCUACUGAGGGCCCACGCCACUGUCUCUUGCCAUGACGAGAACGGCUGGCACGAGAUACACCAGGCAUGUAGAUAUGGACAUGUCCAGCACCUGGAGCACCUGUUGUUCUACGGAGCAGACAUGGGUGUCCAGAACGCCUCGGGAAACACGGCUCUACACAUCUGUGCUCUAUACAAUCAGGAACACUGUGCCAGAGUACUGCUUGUUCGUGGAGCCAACAAGGAAGUGAAGAACUACAGAAGCCAGACAUCAUUCCAGGUGGCCAUCAUCGCGGGGAACUUUGAAUUGGCAGAAUUAAUCAAGAAACACAAAGAGACUGAUAUUGUGCCUUUCCGUGAGGCGCCGGCCCAACCUGCCCGGCACAAGCAAGCCCCACGGAGCACCCUCGCUGCACCACGGCCGACGCUCUUGCGCUCCAACAGCGACAACAACCUGAACGUGAACAACCGAUCACCCCUGCCGUCCCCGAGCCACUCUCCCCUGCGUAGCCUCUCCCCCCGCCGGCCCCAGCAGCAGCAGAUGCCCAGCCCCAAUGGAACAGUCAGGACCAUGGGGAAGGGGGCUCCCCGCCCUCCCCGCUCACCUUCUCUGGGGCGCCUGGGGGAGGAAGCACGGAGACAGACCCCUCAGCGACAGCCCAGCCCACACAGGGGUCGGGAAGCUUUCUCUGAUGGCAUAGACAGCCAGGGGCCCAAGCGUAAGCUGUACAGUGCUGUGCCAGGCAAGCACUAUGUGGUGACCCAGUCCUACCAACCACAGGCCGAAGGAGAGAUCCCCCUGUACAAGAACGACAAGGUCAAAGUGCUCUCCAUAGGGGAAAGUGGUUUCUGGGAGGGCAGUGCCCGUGGUAACUUGGGGUGGUUCCCAGCAGAGUGUGUGGAGGAGAACAUCCCUAACCAAGUCCAGGAGGAGAAACCAUAUGCCAGGGCAGACAGAGCUGAGAGGAGGAAGCUCUUCAGGCACUACACUGUGGGAUCCUACGACAGCUUUGAUGCGUCAAGCGACUGUGUUAUUGACGAGAAGACGGUAGUUCUACAGAAGAAGGAUAAUGAGGGAUUCGGGUUUGUGCUGCGAGGGGCGAAAGCGGACACGCCUAUCGAGGAGUUUACUCCCACCCCUGCCUUCCCUGCCUUGCAGUACUUGGAGUCUGUGGACGAGGGCGGGGUUGCGUGGCGGGCGGGGCUUCGCAACGGAGACUUCCUCAUCGAGGUGAACCAGGAAAAUGUGGUGAAGGUGGGCCACAAACAGGUGGUCAAUACGAUCCGACACGGGGGAAACCGGCUCAUCAUCAAAGUGGUGACGGUUAGCAGGAAUCUGGACCCUGAUGACACGGCUAGGAAGAAAGUGCCCACACCUCCGCGUAGGGCUCCCUCCACUGCCCUGUCCAUGGCCAUGCGCUCCAAAUCCAUGACAUCAGAGCUGGAGGAGCUUGCCACUUUGAGGAAAAAAGUGACCGGUGAUAAAGUGGACGAGAACAUGCCUCCUCAGAAGCCUAUGUGGGAGAACUCCAAUGCUGACGUAAGGGUCGCUAACACAGUCAAGUCACGGCCCAACAGCAGGUGCUUCGCCAUGAGCCCCGAGAUGAAUUCCAUGUGUGAGAGCCAGGAUAUGUCGAUGCAGACCCAGACCCAACCCAGAGAGCCAGGCAGUCCCAGAGGUCGAGGACCCUACCUGGGGGUGCCAAACAGACAGGGGACCAUGAGACGACAGAAGUCCAUAGGAACAUCUGGAAUAACAGAAGAGGAGACCCCUCAGUUUCUGACCCCUCCCAUGUUGAAAUUCACCAGGAGCCUCUCCAUGCCGGACACAUCAGAGGACAUCCCACCCCCACCCGCCAUCUCCCCUCCAUCUCCCCCUUACAACAACGUCCCCAACCCCCAGGGCAGAGGCUACGGCAUCAUCAGACACUCUGCUCCUAAAGGCACCGCCCCAGAGCGAGGGGACCUCACCGCGGGCGGCAGCGAUGGGUGGAGGGAGCAGGGGGGUAUGUACUACAGAGAGCCCCAGUCGGAACAGUACCAGUCUGAGGACCACCACCACCAACAGGGAAGCCACAGCCCAGGCCAGGGCCUCACAGCCCAGCAGAGCUUCCUGAACCGCAGGGCCCAGAUCCCUGAGAACCCCUACUCAGACCUGGGGAAGAUGGGCAACCUGGGGCUGUUUGCCCCCAACAAGCCCCAGAGGAGGAAGGGCAUGCUGGUGAAGCAGGACAAGAUCGAGGACAGCCCUGAGAAGAUCUGCACCAUCAAAAUCCCAACCAUCAUCAUCAAGGAGCCGUCUACAUCCAGCAGUGGUAAGAGCAGCCAGGGCAGCAGCAUGGAGAUAGAAACUGGCGCCCACGACCACCCGGGACAGCUCCGGCCCGACGACGGACACAACCCCAGCAGCCCCUUUGCCACGGCCAUGGCGGGCGCCGUGCGGGAGCGCGAGAGGAGGAUGGUGGAGUCUCACCAGAACUCCCCAUCCUACAGGUUCACCGACCAGGGUGACGAAGACUCACCUCCCGCCCCAACCCCUCGCCUCCGCCACUCCAAGUCCAUCGACGAGGGGAUGUUCAGUAGUGAUGAACGCCUGCGCCGCAUCAUGGCCCCACCUGCCUCUCUCCUCAACAUCCCCAGAGGAGGAGGCAAUGUGACGAACUUCAAUACCUCAGAGCCCAACAUGGUGAGGGAGCCACUCCACACCCGCACGGGUCACCACAGCCCGGUCAGUCUGCCAAACAAGACCUACACCUCCAGCAGCGGACACUACGUCCACCCAGUAACUGGGAAGCCUCUGGACCCUAACUCCCCUCUUGCACUGGCUCUAGCUGCACGGGACCGGGCCAUGAGAGAGCAGUCCCAGCCUCUCCCACUGAAGACUGAGCUACCCAAACCUGACCUGAACAAGCCUCUGUUCAUCGACACUAAGCUAAGGACUGGCAUGGAUGCGAGUUUCUCCGCGACGGCCACCAUGGGUCGACCAGGCAGGGCAGGGCUUCGCAGGCAGAUGACCGAGGCCAAGUACGAGACAGAGUCCAAAUACGACCACCCGCUGGCUAAAGACCAGGACAAGAGUCUAUCCCGGCCUGAGAGAGAAGAGGAGAAGAAGAACACGUUGAUAGACAACGUGGACACGUCUCAGCAGAAGUCUGCUGGUCUGCUGAUGGUUCACACCACUGACGGAGCCAGGUCUGAGGAGAACAGCCUGUCUGAGGGGGACAGGGACGGGGCAGUGAGUCCGGACAGCACCCCCAGCGAGCUCCGGGAUCCCAACCAGCCUAACACCUCCAAAAUGUCCUCCCCUAACACCCAUAACUCCCACUCUAUGGGCCCUGGUCCCAGAGGUAGUAAGACCAUGAUCACCGUCACCUCAGUAGAUGAGCCGGUCAAACUCCCCUUCGGCAUCCCCCCUCCGCCCUGCGUUCCCUCUGUUGACAUCGACGAUGACUUCUUCGCUGACCCACUGCCACCGCCGCUGGAGUUCGCCAACAGCUUCGACAUCCCAGAGGACCAGAAGGGGGCGAUCGCUGAACUGCUCAAACAGCAUCGAAACGCUGGCAGAGCCCCAUCGUCUCUAGCUCCCUUCUACCCCCAUCACGGUAACACCCCAAGCCACCCUGACCAGACGAUGAUCAAACGGCCUGCAGUGCUCACUAACUGUAUGCCCUCCAGCUUCACCCCCAACGCCCUGGAGAGCUACGAGCCUAUCAGUGACUCUGGGAUCGAUGUGGAGCCCGACAGCCGCAGUAGUGGAGACCCUCAGAUGGAGACUACGAGCACUGUAUCCACUGUGUCCAGUAUCUCUACGCUGUCGUCAGACGGUGGCGAGAUGCUGGACAACACUUGCACAGUCUAUGCAGACGGACAGGCCUUUUUGGUGGACCGGACCUCAAAGCCAAAAAACAGGCAACCUGUCGCCAACAAGAGUAAUGCACUUUACAAGGACCCCGCCUUGAUGGAUAGAGAAGAGAACCUGAGAACUUUCGGAACGCCCUCCUCUGUCCCGCCACCUCCCCCCGGGGCAUGCGUCCACUCAGAGCCCCCCAGAACACCAACGCAAAGGACCUCAAAGCUGUGGGGAGACCCGCCAGGCUCUAACCCCUAUGACAUGCAGAACAAGGACAAGACACCAAAGCCAGGGGAUGGGAUAGACUCUUCUUCCUCAGGAUGUAGGACCGUUUUUGGAUCAAGGGGUCCAGACGGUGGGUCCCUUGCCUCAGGUACACAGCGGAAUACCACAGUCACUUUUGCUGCCCAGCUCGGCCCGAGCGUGUCGGCCCCAUCUCCAAAACGAGAGACAGAGAGUCUCCCCCACCACCGAGCCCCCAGCCCCAUCCUCUCUCCUCCAGACUCAGGCCUCGGCUGUGCCUCCUCCCUCCCCGCAACCUCCCCCACCCUCUCGGAUGUGUUCGGCCUGCCCACCCCCCCUCUCAGCCUGGGCACGGGGAGCAGCCGCUCACCCUCCCCUCUCACCCUCAUGCAGGCCGUCUCCAACAAGCCUUUUGCCACCAAGCCGGUUCUGAUGUGGAGCAAGCACGAUGUGGCCGACUGGUUGGAGAGCCUAAACCUGGCAGAGCACAGAGACACCUUCAUGGACAACGACAUCGAGGGCUCCCAUCUGCCCAGCCUGCAGAAGGACGACCUCAUAGAUCUCGGGGUGACCAGAGUCGGCCAUCGGAUGAACAUAGAGAGAGCUUUGAAACUGCUAAUGGACAGAUGAGAAGAGAGGAUAGAGGUCUCUCAGUCUCCAACACAACAACUUCACAUAAUAGUUUUAUUAUUAUUUAUUAUUAUUAUUUAUUUUAAACUAUACUUACUGUAUAAUUCUUAUGACGAUGCUUGUUUUGUUGAAACUUAGAAAUAUCCUCAUGUAUCCUGAAGAAACUGCAACUUGAAACAGCACUGCAGUUUCCUGAAUAAGCACAAAAGUCCCCCAGGGUGGGAUAGAGUGAUCCCAGGUGAGACACAGCCGCUCUGUCAGUAGAAAGUAAGGAAGCAGACACACAGGGACCUGGCUGGGUGUGAAAUACACUACACUAUCAAACAGAACGGCAGCCUAAUCACUACGAGACUUAAGGACUUUUGAAAUCAACCUCAUUUGAAUGCAAAACCAGAGUCAGCUCUGCAGGGGUUUCAUUUUCUAUUGCAUCUCUGUUAGAAAGUAUGUGAACACUGAUCUCUUCAGGAAAAAGGGUGGGAAUCUGCACUGCACAGGGCCGGCGCUAGAACCAAUCAGUUGGCCGGGCAAAUUUUCUUUUUACGGGACCUCCUAUGUGUGUAAGUGCUUGGCCUCAAGGUAAUUGAGCAGUCAUUUAAUAUAUGCUAUCGCCAAAAUAAUAAUUUGGCUUGUGUUUAUGAAGGUCUUAAGUAACAUUAGAAUACAACAAAUAUAUUUCAAAAAACACAAGAGCAUUUUCAUUAGUUUAUGUUACUGUGGGAUACAGUAUGUAAAAAGCUGAAAAACACGACGACAAAAAAAACAUCCAAAUUCAAGUGUUCAAUCAAUUGUAUUCGUGGAGUGCCUUUGUUACAACUAUGAAACAGAAAGCAUAGGUGUGGGAACGCGGUAACAGCUUCUUUUUAUGACAACAAAAUAAAACACACCCCAACCACCAAGACACGCGCGCGGUGUGCAGUCAAACGAUGAAAACAUCAGUAGCCUAAACAUAUAAGCGCCAAGUGUGCUUGAUAAACAGUGAAUCAUCACAAAGCAAUAAUGGCAUUUUACAAUGGAUAUACAGUAAGUGUCGAUGACAGCCGUAAGAAAUGGUCAAUUGUCAGUUGGAGAAUGUCCAUCUCAUAUAAACAACGACAGCGCUUGAGGCCUGCUCUUUCAGUGAUGACAUUUUGUGCUGCUAUUUGGCCUGUAGCAUUGUCACCGGCUUGUUCUUUUCCAAGAGGUGCCAUCCCUUCCUCUCUCCUGUCUCACCGUUUCACUUGUUGGUGGCGCAGGCACCUGCUCAGUUGUGCACCAUUCUGGCUUUUUUUGGGGGGGCCUUUACGCCUCGGAGGUGUAGAUUCAGCCUGAGGCUCAGAAUCAGAAGAAUAAUCAUCAGAGAUUUCAUCGUGAUUCAUUUCUUCCCCACCAUCUGAAUCGUUUUCCAUUCAGAUUUUGUAGCAACGCUUGCCAUUUUACAUUACGCACGCUCUCACUGUUUAUUGGGGUGCCAGGGUAGCCUAGUGGUUAGAGCUUUGGACUAGUAACCAAAAGGUUGCAAGUUCAAAUCCCCGAGCUGACAAGGUACAAAUCUGUCAUUCUGCCCCUGAACAGGCAGUUAACCCACUGUUCCUAGGCCGUCAUUAAAAAUAAGAAUUUGUUCUGACUUGCCUGGUUAAAUAAAGGUAAAAUAAAAAUAAAACUCCAAGUGGGCCAGAAUAGGACUGAAAAGAUUGCUUGGUUUCGGUGAACUGAUAUAAGGUACAUACUAUUUUGAGGUUAUAAUUAGAAUAGAUCAAUACAAUAGAAUGUUCCACACUGUUCUUCAUUCACAAUUGGUGAUUAUAGAAUGAUGUAUUGUUCGCUUCCCCUCGCUCAUCAACUCACCCAUUCCCCACAUCAUUAUUUUCAGUAUAGUUUAGGUUCAGAUUCGAGACCGUUAUCGGGGUGGUUAUCAACUGGGCAUGGCACUUAUCAACUGGGCAUGGCACUAUCAGGAGAAGAAGGGGAGCAGGCCCUACUGUCGGCAGGACAGUAGGCAAUUGGGGGGAAAAGAACAUGAUAUAAUGGUUCUGUUUGAUUCUAACAACAACAGUGUGUUUUAUAGACUUAUUUAGGAAAGGUCAAGGACGAAAGGGGAGUAGUGCAUAUUUUAAAUGAAUGAGCAGUCCAAAUGACUGCUUUAGCGGUGCUCGUGUGGGUUUUUAUAGUAAAGACAUUUAGCUGUAAAAAUGUAUAACCUUUUAAUGUGGCAUGAACACAACCAGUCAUGAUUGUGAGAUAGGUUACCUUCGUGCAUUCGUCCCAAAAAGCAUCCGAGUGAGCGAGACAGCGCUCCUCUGUCUUACUCUAUGUAGCCCAUGUAUCUGAUGAGAUCUGGCAAAAAAAAGAGAAUGACAUGCCAUGCUCUUUAAUUCCAGACACCGUCACAUACGUGGGCUGCACCUACUGAGACAGAGGGGGCGCUGUUUCGCUCUCUCGGAUGCUUUAUCUGAGAUUGAUGCUGUCUUUAUGUCGGCGCGCGUCUCGGUCAAAUGAAUUAUACGCCACAGUGGACGUGUUAUAAUACACAUAAAAGCCGUGUAAUUCCCUCACGGACAAGGUGAGUUUUAUCAAUAUAUUCGCCUCAAUUGAAUAUAAUCAAUGUGCAAAGCUAGUUGUUGAUAAACAUUUACUUGUCCGGAGAGAUUUGCGCGGCUUGUACGAAGUAGUUCUAAGAUCCCAGACACAAAAAUGAAUGGUGACAAAAAUGAUUUCAACCAUUUCCUAGUUUUAUGAAUCGUACUGUGUUACUCAAUAGGGCUUAGGGGCCGGGCCCCGCAGUGUGUGGAAUUCAUUUUUCUCUCUCUCUCCCUUUUUACCGGGAUGUAGUUUGAUUUGAGGGACAGUGCAGUGUUUUCUCAGAUGAAGGCAUUGCACAUUUCUACUCCUGAAAGGGAGAUCACAUCAGAUGGAUUACAAAAUAGGUACAGUAGCAAGUUGUUGCCCUUAGAUUUCACUUGGCAUGUUUUCAACAUACUUUCAAGGUUGAAUAUUUGUUUGUAGUUGUGUUUUACUUGAGGAUGGAAAGUGGAACACAAUACAUAUUGAACAUGUAUAUUCAGUUUAUAAAUCAUUAUACGGUCUUCCACAGGAAGCUGAAAUGUGUGCCAACAGCUCUCCCUACUGUUGUCUUCUGAACAUGACAUGGCAGAGAGAGCAGAGCUUGGCAGUCAGGGCUUUCCAAUCGUUAUCACCAACCAUCAUCCUUUCUUUCGCAGUCUUCUAUGUCCUCUGAGAGGAAUAAUACACACAUUAUCACAUUAGAUUAUUACUAUACCCUGAACUGAUGUUUAGGGCUUUGGGAUUGAAGACUCAGGAAUGGAUUACCCUAGUUCAACAGAGUAGCAGGGAUGGGGUCCAUUUCAUUUCAAUUCAGGAAGUAAAGUGAAAUUCCAAUUCUACAUUUUUCUCAUAGAGAAGCAUUGAAGAGAAUGUCCCUUUACUUCCUGAAUUUAAAAGGAAUUUAAACCAACACUGCAGAAUAGGCAUGUUUCUGAAGACGAACAUCAGUCACGUUUAUGCAACGAUGAGAAAAAGUAGGCGAACAAACACUAAAGCUGGAAUUUCCUUUUCCCCUUCCCCUAGAAUAGGAAUAGUUCAACUUGUUUGGCAAUCGAAGAGAGGCAGAUACCUCUAAGAAUCAAGUUGCUAGAAAUGUUGUAUGAUUAUUGAAGUAUUAGAGAUAGUAUUUAUUCUAUGAUGGUGUUUUGAUGUGUUUUGUUGAUGAGGAAGAAAGUUGUAGAUACCCACAGAGCUCAACAGGAUGAUAGCUUCUUUAUAGAAUUAGGUGAUGCUUUUAGGGGGGAUUUUUACUCCCAGUGACUGCUGUUCUGGAACACAUGGGAGCUACAGGACAUUUGCUAAACCUUGUGCCAUUGGACUUCUUUGACAGGUCUCUUUUAUACAACACGUCUGAAACUGGCCAGAUCCGAAACAGUAUCACCAGAAUAAGAAUGUCCUGAAGUGCAGCAUCAUUUCCCUCCGUGUUCUCAAGGCAAAGUCUCCUCAUACCAUCGCCAGUCCAAAAGAGCAGGGAUUCGCUCAUCGUAAUGUUGAUGAGUUUAAAUGUAAUUUACUCUCCCCACUGUUUUUUCUUUCUGAAAUGGUCUGAAGUGGUAUUUUUCACUCAGUUUGCAGUGUAAACUUCUUGAUAUUUGAAAUCCCCCCCCCCCCCCUCCCUCCAAUGAGGGUGCUAGCUAAAAUUCUAACAUCAGUAUUUACGAAACAUUCUUUUGGAUUGACAUCCCAGAGCACAACAAAUUCAGUGUAUGGGUGGGAUGUGUGUGUGAUCUAAUGAUGUGACAGGGGGGGACGGGACAUACCUUGAUAUGACUGAUGACUGUCUGAUGACUUUGUAAAACAAAAAAAGUUUUUAAAAAGUGUGAUGUUCCGCAAUCAAAAGGAUGUUGCCUAAAGCAUACUUAAUGUGUACGGUAUUCAUCUACGACUGUCCGAUGACUGUAGUAUGACCUCAUAACAGAAAAGUUCCAGUGCGAUAGGCUGCAGAGGGGUACUUGUCACCUGUCAGUUGUCACUGUUGACACGCGGGCACACGUUGAGAUGAGAUCUUAUGUUAAGAACCACAGGAACAAGAAAGAGCACAGUAUUUUCGGAUUACGCAGAGAUAUUUAAUGUUAGGAUAUAUUCCUAUCCGUGUUGUUGCCAUAUCAACCCUGAGCUGUGGUUAGGUUUUCCAAAAAAGAAGAGAAAUAUGGUUAAGAAGCAAUAUAAUAUCAAUUCUGUUUCAAGUUGUUGUUUUUCUUAUUCUUUUCCAGGGGAAUAAUUAUACAUGUAACAGGAUUUCAAGUCUCUCUAUUUUUAAAAUUGACAUAAAUAAUUGUGUUAUAAUCCAUAUUCCUAUAGAGCAUAUUUGAAACUUUUAGCAAUUGAUAGUCAUGUAUUUACAAAGCCUCUGUAAUUAUUAAAAGCUGAUAUAAACUGA